CCGUCCUAUCCACCAGCCACCACCACAUUUAUGAUCAUGUAUUGAUGAUGGGUCUAUCUCAAUCAUAAAAGCACGUCUAUAUAUGUGAUGUUUGUCGCCAUCACUGAAUCAAAACAGAGCACGAUAAUAAACCGGAAGGCCCUGACUUCCUCCCCUUGGCCCAUUCAUAUUAUCGGCCUUUGUCUCCACCAUCCUUCUUUAACAAUUGAUCCAAAGGCACCCGAAGAGACGCAGAGUUCCACAUGAUCCAUGCCGCAAGAACUAUUGUCUGAAGGAUCCGAGAGAGAGAGAGAGAUGAUUCAAUAAUGAGGUCUGGCUGGAAAUUGUAAGAGACUCUCCAAUCAUAAAUAAAUUCACCUCGAAACAUAAUAGUUCUCAUGGCCUGAGGCUUAAGAGCCCAAAGUUCCAUACAAAGAGAGGAGAGAGAGAUAGAGAGGUGAGAAGAAAAGGAAGGGGAGGGGUUGUGGAGAGAAUGGGAAGCAUGGUUUGUUAUCCAUCCACUCUUCUCCCCUCACUUCUCCUCCCACUCAAACCAGCCCAAAUGGCUCUCUGAGAGCAAAAAGUCCCUCUCUCUCUUUCCCCCACCACCAACUCCUCCUUCCCUCAAACACCACCAGCACCCUAGCCAUCAAGGAGGAGCUCACCUUCAACUCUUCCUUCCCUCCUCCCUAUUUCCAUUGUAAGCCACCACCUUUCAUGGUGCUUGACGAUGACGAACGACAGGAGCAAUCGCUCAUUGAGCAAUGCGUCCUUCAAAACCAAAAGCAUCUCAAGGAGCUCAGCAGCUGGGGCAUCGGCGGCCCUUGCAGCUACUUCCUCCAUGUCUCCCGGCCCUCUCAGCUCAUCGCCGCCAUUCGCUAUUGCCGGGCGAGGUCCAUUCCGUUCUUGAUCAUCGGGAAGGGAUCCAAUUGCCUCUUCGACGACCGUGGGUUCGACGGCCUCGUAAUGCUCAACCGGCUCGACCAAUUUGAGGCAAUCGAGCCCGGCGUUUACCGGGUCGGGAGUGGAUACCCAUUCAACCGCCUCGGAGUGCGGUGCUCCGUCGAGGGGUUCUCGGGCCUCGAGUUCGCCGGUGGCAUCCCGGGGACGGUCGGCGGGGCCGUGUUCAUGAACGCCGGAGCCGACGGGCAGGAGACCGGACAUGUGAUUGAUAGCGUGGAGAUGGUCACCAUGGAUGGAGAGGUUCGGGUGCUGCGGAGGAGUGACCUGGCCUUUGGCUAUCGGCGGUCAACGUUCCAACAAAUGGAGGACUUGGCCGCCAUUGUAGCGGUGACGUUUCGGUUGGUGCCGGCCGAAACGGCGAGGGAGCGGCAAAGGGCCCUCUUGGAAAGACGGAGGAAGACCCAGCCAAUUGGGGAACGCAGUGCCGGGUCGGUGUUUCGGAAUCCCUCGGGAAUAGGAGUAUCGGCAGGAGAGCUAAUUGAGAUGGCUGGACUAAAAGGGCUUGAGAUGGGUGGUGCCAAGGUUUCCAAGGUUCAUGCCAAUUUCUUCAUCAAUUUCAAUGGAUCCACUUCGACAGAUAUGCUAGGACUGAUGAACCAUGUCAAAGAGAGAGUCGAUCAAAUGUUUGGGUUGGAACUCAAAGAGGAAAUCAGAUAUAUUCCUUACAGAACUCAAACUGUUUAAGUGUUUUUUC